AUGGCGCCUGGACGGCAAAGCCAGUCUUCGCUAUGGCACAUUGUCCUAUUACUGUCGCAUGUGCUUGUCGCGCAGGCAGACAAGACGGCGGCCGACUACUAUGUCAAGUCCCUACCGGGUGCGCCUGAUGGGCCUCUUCUGAAGAUGCAUGCAGGGCACGUCGAAGUCAACCACGAGCACAACGGCAACCUCUUCUUCUGGCACUACGCCAACAGACACAUCGCGAAUCGGCCAAGGACAGUGAUAUGGUUGAAUGGAGGGCCGGGUUGUUCUUCCGAAGAUGGUGCACUUAUGGAGGUCGGACCAUAUCGAGUCAGAGAGGGCGGCAAGCUAGAGUACAACGAUGGUGCGUGGGACGAAUUCUCGAAUCUCCUAUUUGUCGACAACCCCGUGGGCACAGGCUACAGCUACGUCAACACAGACAGCUAUCUUCACGAACUACAAGAGAUGGCCGACCAGUUUAUCAUAUUCCUUGAGAAAUGGUUUGCGAUAUUUCCCGAGUAUGCGAACGACGACCUUUACAUAGCUGGCGAGUCAUAUGCUGGCCAGCACAUACCUUACAUAGCACGUGCUAUGCUGGAUCGAAACAGCAAGGCCGGUGACAAGAGCAAAUGGAAUUUGAAGGGCUUGCUUAUUGGCAAUGGGUGGAUCAGCCCUAUACAUCAAUAUCAGGCAUAUGCUUCGUUCGCCUAUGCUGAGGGCCUGGUGCAAGGAGGCACUGACGCCGGCAAUCGUCUGGACAAAUCGCUCACAGACUGCCUGAAACAACUUGGACAGCCAGGUGCUGAUGAACACAUCAACCUCAACGUGUGUGAAAAUGUUUUAUCAACCUUCCUCGAUGUCACUCGGGAUGGCAACAAGUGCUACAAUAUGUACGAUAUACGGCUCAAGGACACUUGGCCGUCCUGCGGCAUGAACUGGCCACCAGAUCUUACCACUGUCACACCAUAUCUACGCCGUCAGGACGUAGUAGAUGCUUUGCAUGUCAACAAGGACAAGCGAACUGGUUGGUCCGAGUGUUCAGGCGCAGUAAGCUCGAGUUUCAAGACACAGAAAUCACAGCCAUCCAUUAAGAUCAUACCCGAUCUUCUUGAGACUGGGUUGCCUAUCUUGCUCUUCAGUGGUGCAAAGGAUAUGAUCUGCAACCAUUUGGGCACAGAAGACAUGAUCUCGGACAUGACCUGGAAUGGUGGCACUGGCUUCGAAACAACUCCCGGAGUAUAUGCGCCGAAAAGAGACUGGUAUUUCGAGGGUGAGGCUGCUGGAUACUACCAAGAGGCACGAAACUUGACCUAUGUCCUCUUCUACAAUUCUUCGCAUAUGGUACCGUUCGACUAUCCAAGACGCACGAGAGACAUGCUCGACCGCUUCAUGGGUGUCGAUAUCGCCAGCAUUGGUGGCAAGCCAGUGGACUCUCAGAUUGACGGCGAGAAGGCAGGCACGGAAACUAGCGUCGGUGGACAUCCUAACAGCACAGUAGCUCAAGAAGAAUCGAAAGACAAAUUACAUCAAGCAGAACUAAAAGCAUACUACCGAUCUGGCGAGGCUGCACUCCUCGUUGUCUUGAUCAUCGCAGCACUCUUCGGCUGGUGGGUAUGGCGCGGUCGCAGGAAACAAAGGCGAGCCGAUCACGAAGGAGUACUCGGCGCUUACGCCCCCGUCUCUCUUCUGAACAGCAAACGAAACGAUGUGGAGGCUCAAGACUUUGACGGAAACGAACUGCAUAACAUGGGUGCCGGAAGAGGCAAGAAGUUCUCAGAUCAGGAUGACGACUCGCGGCACGAUCGCUACGAUAUCGGAAGCGAUAGCGAGGAGAGUGAUGAUGACAAUGAGCGAGCCAAGCAGAAGGGGACAAACGCGUAG